GGCGCGGCGCGUGCGCCAGGGCUCGCCGCCUCCCGGGAGCGGGCGCGCGGAGGGGGCGAGGCGGAAGUGCGGGCGGGCGUCGGGCGCUCCCCACCCCGGGUCUCGCUGCGGCACUAAAGAUGGCGGCGAAAACACAGGGCGGUAUCCGGCUCAGCGCGCUUUGUCCAAAGUUCUUGCACACCAACUCUACCAGUCACACCUGGCCUUUCAGUGCAAUUGCAGAACUCAUUGAUAAUGCAUAUGAUCCGGAUGUGAGUGCUAAACAGAUAUGGAUAGACAAAACGGUGAUAAAUGACAACAUAUGCUUGACGUUCACUGAUAAUGGAAAUGGUAUGAACUCAGAGAAGCUUCACAAAAUGCUAAGCUUUGGCUUCAGUGAGAAAUCUGUGAUGAAUGGCCGUGUUCCAGUGGGACUGUAUGGAAAUGGAUUCAAAUCAGGAUCCAUGCGCCUGGGAAAAGAUGCAAUAGUCUUCACCAAGAACGGAGAAACCAUGAGUGUGGGCAUGUUAUCUCAGACUUUCCUUGAAGUCACAAAAGCAGAGCAUGUCAUGGUUCCUAUAGUGACGUUCAACAACCAACGACAGAUAAGUGAUCCAGCAGAAUACAAAAACAGCCUGAAGGCCAUCUUAACACAUUCUUUAUUUUCUACUGAGGAGAAAUUACUGGCAGAGCUAGAUGCUAUAAUGGGGAGAAAAGGAACAAGAAUUAUAAUCUGGAAUCUUAGAAGAGAUAAAAAUGAAAAAACAGAGUUUGACUUUGACAAGGAUAAAUAUGACAUCAGAAUUCCAGAAGACUUGGAUGAAACAGGGAAAAGAGGAUAUAAAAAACAAGAAAGGCUGGACCAGAUUGUUCCAGAAAGUGACUACUCACUACGAGCUUAUUGCAGCAUUUUGUAUCUGAAGCCAACAAUGCAGAUCAUUCUGCGAGGACAAAAAGUGAAAACGCAACUGGUUUCCAAAAGCCUUGCCUUCAUUGAACGUGAUAUAUAUAGGCCAAAAUUUCUGAACGCUAAAACAGUAAGAAUUACUUUUGGAUUUAACUGUAGAAACAAAGAUCAUUAUGGAAUAAUGAUGUACCAUAAAAACAGACUCAUCAAAGCUUACGAAAGAGUUGGCUGUCAGUUAAAGGCAAACAAUAUGGGUGUUGGUGUAGUUGGGAUUAUUGAAUGCAACUUCCUGAAACCAACUCAUAACAAACAAGAUUUUGACUACACAAAUGAAUACAGACUUACAAUAGCAGCUUUAGGAGAAAAGCUGAAUGAUUACUGGAAUGAAAUGAAAAGGAAGAAAAAUGAAGAAUAUCCAUUGGCUUUGCCUGUUGAGGAGAUACAAAAGCAACCUGAUCAGACGUGGGUACAAUGUGAUGCGUGUCUGAAGUGGCGGAAGCUGCCAGAUGGAAUAGAGCACUUGCCAGAUAAGUGGUACUGCUCACUGAACCCUGACCCACAGUUCAGGAAUUGUAAUGUCCCAGAAGAACCAGAAGAUGAUGACUUAAUACAUCCUACAUAUGAGAAAACUUACAAGAAAAAAGACAGGGAAAAACUGAAGAAGCGGCUAGAGUACAACCACCAGGUCAAUAAUGAAGUGUUCUUAAAAACACAUGUUUCUUCAAGUAAAGACUUCAAAACAUUCUCAGCCGUGAGUGGAAAGGAAGCUGGUUCAAGGUCACUUUUACCAGAAGUAUCAAAUGUUUCUGUCAAAAGACCUCUGCUUAUUAUAACUAGAUCAGUAUCUUCACCUCAUUCUGAUUCUGAUACCAGUCUUAAGCGGAAGACGCCUGGUUGCGUGACACCCAUCUCUUCAAAGACACCUCGAAUGAAUGACAAAACGUUCAACAACCAUGAUGAUGAUGACGAUGAAGAUGUCAUUAUUUUAGAGGAGAGCAGUACUCCAAAGCCUUCAGCAGAUUCUGACGUUCCUGUAGUAAAAACUGAAUGUAUUAAUUUGGAUCAAGAGGAGAAGCAGGAAGAAAGCUGUGUCGUGGGAGAACCUUGCAGUGCAGCUACUUCAGAAACAAAAACUGAACAAUUGAGCUCGUCGACACAAACAGAGCUCCCAAAUUUAGUUGUUAAAAAGGAAGAAGUGGAAGAUGACACUGAUAUUCAAAUUCCCAGGGCAGAGAUGGAACCUAAACAGCACAACGUUAAUGGUGCUUCCGAGACAUCUGUAGAUCUUGGACAUGAACUGAAAAAUCAGCUGCAAUUAUUAAACAAAGAAAAAGAAAUGUACCAAAACAAAUGUGAAGUAUUAACCAAACAAGUGGAAACGCUAGAACAGAAGAUCUUAGAAAUGAGUAAUAAGUAUGUAAAAAAAGAAAUGUGCCAUCAAUCAACUGAGACCAUUUCUUCAUUUGAAGAGGGAAACGUUAAUGAAAGAAGUUUGGCGGAAGUGACCGUUCUCUACGAACAGGCCUUAGAGGAAAUAGGAAAACUAAAGGAGCAGUGCAGCACCCUGCAGAACUUAAAAACUGAAUGCAGCAAGUGUGUUGAGGGUGAAAGUAAGAGCGAGGUAGAUGAAAUUGCUAUGCAACUGGAUGAUGUUUUCAGGCAACUGGACAAGUGCAGCAUUGAGAGAGACAGAUAUAAAAGUGAGGUUGAGCUACUAGAAGUGGAAAAAAGUCAAAUUGCCUGUCAAUGUGAAGAACUCAAAUCAGAAAUUGCACAGUUAAAAGCUUCAAUUCCUCAAGCAGUAGCACAUGCAAAUGAUUCUACCACCAGUAAUGUAGAAGACUCUGUAAAUUUUUCUGAUGGAGAAAGCUUGAAACUACGCUCACUUCGAGUGAAUGUUGGACAACUUCUGGCUACAAUCAUGCCUGAUCUAGACUUGCAGCAAGUAAAUUAUGAUAUCGAUGUAGUGGAUGAAAUUUUAGGACAAGUUGUAGAACAAAUGCAUGAAAUCAGUAGUACUUAAGAUUUUAGCAGACUCUUGCUUGAUCUUCCAUUAUACCUUUGUGUAGAUUCGAAAUUGUAUAUACUGCUUCACUUUAUAUAUUUGACAUAAUUUCAUCAAUAAGGGUAUAUACUCUCUGCAUUUACAUGUUCCCACAGAUGCAGUGGGUGUUAUCUUCACUUCUUCUUAAAGGAACACUGUCAAUAUUGACCAACCCUGAUGUACUUAAUUAAGGACUUUGCUUUUAAAAUGUAUUUGUAAUUAAAUUUGCAAAUAUUUUUAUUAUUAGGAAUCUUAAUACUUUUCUACAAAAGCUUUUUCGUUGACUUUCAAUCUUAUAUAAGCAUUAAUACUUGCAAUUAUUUCCUCUUCUAAAAUCUAAGUAGUGGAAUAUGUUAAAAAUGCAAAAAUGAACCUUCCUUGAUUUCCUUUUCAGAACAAACCUUAAUAGUGCUGUUAUAUACUACAGUAUUGUCUCAUGGCUAUCAGCAAUGAUGUAUGUUGCAUUAAUGGGAUAGAAAUGUAACUAGUAGGUGAAAUUUUUGGCCAUAUGGGUAAUAUUUGUAUUUUGCUACCAAAAGAAGGAAAAUUCCUUAAGGGUUUUAUCCUGAAAACUGAUUAUGUUUUACUCCCUUUCGGAUUCUUUAAUGUCACUGAAGAACACUAUCUGUACAUAGUUUUGCAGCAUAAACAACUCUGUGGGGUAUGGCCAGGAUGUUUCAGCCUUUUCAGUGAUGGAAACUCCACGUGCUUCUUUGUGUCCUGCCAUUGCUACUUGUUUUCUACAUCCAAGAACCUGUCUGUAUUUGAGCAGUCAGAGGGAUCAUCAGUUCUACCAUAUAGUUCCCAUUUGAAUGCCACAGUACUGGUUCCUAAGCCCAGGUACGUACCAGUACAUGGCUUCAGUGGUCAGAUUUCACACACAGCCUUUGCCCACUUUUUUUCUCCAAGUCAAAGGCUGAUGGAGUGGUGAAGCAUCUUGGUGGACCAUUGGAGAGAACAAGGUGGGGUGGCAUAUCCAGAGCUCGGGUAGGAGUCCUGGGCAACCUCUGCUCUGCAUAGAAUGCCGCCUCUUGAGAACUGAAGGACUUUUUUCAGGGAAGCCCAAUGUUGAAGAGGAUUGACAUAGAGGUUCGGUGAUGUGCACAAACUCUUACAUCUAUUUUCUCAAAAACCCAAAUUGUUGCAGUAUUAGACAUACAGUCCUCUUUGGAGUCUCUUAGGCCGAUGCAAGGGUGUUGAGAUUCACCUGCAAAACUUUCCUUCAUAUCACAAUGUAAUGUGCUGAGUACAAAUGGGUCAGCCUACUAAACCCUUGAGUAACUAGCUGAAUGAAGGUUUUGGACCUUUGAGGAGGCAUGUUUACUUACCUGUGGUGUUAACAACUACAGAGUGAGCUAAAGCUGAAAGUGUUCAAAUACAACUUGUUUAUGCUGUCUUAAAGCUUAAACAUCUUUUAUUAUAGCCAAGAUAGGGGAGUUGUUGUUUCCCUCCCCUCCUUGGUGUUUUUUUUUCCUUAAAUGUGUUACAGGAGCUCUUAAGCCACUAGUUCUGUGCUCCAAUGCUCAUGCAAAAACUUCCUGAAAGAAAGAGUACUGAGACAAAUUGCUGUUACAGUGGUGACAGUAUUCUCGGCCAUUGCAUGCUUUUUGUUUGAAGUCAUGGGGAAUAAGAAAAAAGGUGUCAAAGGUAAAAAAUCCACCUUUUACUCUUUGGUGGUAUUUUUCAUCCACAUAACGACCAAGAAAAAAUGGAUUUUGCUUUUAAAAUAUUGUUUUAACAAAAACAGAAGCAUUGUGAAAUAGAACCAUUCAAUAUGGUCAUUCCUAGGAAGUGUCUUUUUUUCAUAAAGCCAACAUUUUUGGCUUUUGCACUGGUACUGUCCUGAUUUAAUUAGGUUAUGUUUCUUUUAGUUGAAAUUCAGUCAGUUUCUUUCGAUGGACAGUAUUUCAAUUUUAAGAUGCUAUCUAUUCUAUUAUGGCAAUGAGGGUAAUGCAAUACUGUUGAACUUUAUAAUGGAUAAAUUGAAUGUUUGAUUUUUGAAGAGGUGGCUGUAAUAUAACUGUUUGUAUGACUUUUAAAAAGUUUAUAUUUUCCAUUUAUUGGUGUGUAGUUUUCCAUUUCUUAAUUGUUAUUUAUUGUUUCAUCAGACUGUAGUUGAAUUUCUUAUAGACAGCUGGCAAAAUAUAGCAUAUGACUAUAUUAAAAAUGGCAAAUUUACCCUGUACAUUUACACUUUGAAGAACAGUGGACUAAUGGAAAUGGUUUUUAUUUACUUGUUAAAAUGUAUUUUUUGUAAAAAAUUAAAAACAAUAUAUGAAUCUGAGUUUGCUGGAUCAACACUUGUAUGUGAUCAAAUGCAAUGUUUUUGUUUAUAAAUAAAUACUAUGCAGAAUG